CCCUGUCAGCACUCUCUCCCCCGCUGCUUCACUGCUCACACCAUGGAGCCCAACAGUCCCAAGAAGAUCCAGUUUUCUGUUCCGCUUUUCCAGAGCCAGCUGGACCCCCAGGCAGCUGAGCACAUCCGCAGAAGAAGACCCACACCUGCCACACUGGUGUUUUACAGUGACCCACCUGCGUCAGAAGCAGAGGACAGGAAGAGGAUGAGUGGUCAAACUGAGAAUGCAGAGCUACUCCCUGCCCAGAGGAAGCAGGCUGUCCACACCCCGCCCACCAUGAAAGAGGGAAAGCUGCUCAAGACUCCCAUGGACUUUUCAUUUCCUGAGGAGGAGGAAGGUCGGAAUGAGCCGGAGCCCCUCCCCAAAGAGGCGGAGCCCCUCCCCAAAGAGCCGGAGCCCCUCCCCAAAGAGCCGAAGCCCCUCCCCAAAGAGCCAGAGCCCCUCCCCAAAGAGGCGGAGCCCCUCCACAAAGAGGCAGAACCCCUCCCCAAAGAGCCAGAGCCCUUCCCCAAAGAGGCGGAGCCCCUCCACAAAGAGGCGGAGCGUGUGAACAAGCAGGGAGGGGACGGAGAGCCUUAGAGAGGGUGACUUUGGCCUCAGAGGAGCAGAUGCCCCAGCAGAGGAGACUAACUGUGAGGACCACCUUCCACAUGUCUUCCUGAAACACACCGGGAACAGUAACAGCAACACAUCAGCUUCAGCCAGACUGAUGACUGCAUUUACUAAUGAUCACUCUGGUAGAUUCUCUUUUCAUUUCUAUGCGAAGAAAGGCAGAAUAAUUGUAUUUAGCCUUCAUCUAUCCAGGGAAGGUUGACUGAGGACACAUGCUCUUUUAGUUUGAGUUGAGUGCCAUAGUAUCUCUUUGGAAUGAGUUCUUAACAAAAUGGCUGGACUUACACUGGUAGUCCAACCACGUAAUUAUGCUUUUGCAAGGUAGGUAAAUAGGUACUUUAUCCAUAGCCUAAAAAUGCACCCCAAGAGCCCAAUAUUUAACAUGGAUUUAUCCAAGCAAAUUUGACUGAGGUCACAUGAUCUUUUUCUGCAACAUGCUGCAUCAUGCACAUUUCACAGAUAUGACUGCUAUCACCCAAGCAAUUUGCAUUUGCAAUAGGGCGUGAUUCAUCAACAAAUUCAUCAAAUUAUUGAUUAUGACUCCAUGACAGGUCUAUGGUGCAUUUCUUCUGUUUAUCAGUCGUUUCUGCCAUGUCUGUAAAGCAGUGGUUCACAAACUCAGUCCUGCAGCCCCCUGUGUAUGCCGGUUUUCAAUCCAACCACAACUGCAACCCCAGAAUUUUAACAAGCUGUUAAUACUUUUUAAUUAGGUGUUUUUCAUGUUUAGAGGGAUUAUUUACCCUCUUAAGCCACAAUAUGUCAGAAAUAGGCAUGCAUGAUAAAGAUGAUUUUAUGCUUCCAUGAAGAAUAAAUUGACCAGUUUCAAAAGUUUA